CAAUAUAUGAAUUCUGUGACGUACAUAACCUAUUUUUCUAUUAUCAAAGUCAAACCUCGAUUUAUUAAAGAGAAAUGUUAUAAUUAAACUAUGUUAAAACUAUUUAAAUAAGGUUUAAAUAGAAGAAAGUAUAUUUAAACAUUUUUAAUUCCUAAAAAUGGCUUUAGCGUUUAGUGCAAAAAGUAGAGCAUGUGUUUCAAUUCGACUAUUAGAAAAACAAUUUCAAGGCUUGAGCUUAGCUUCAUUGAAUUCCAAAAGGGAAAAGCACUUAAAUCCAAGACCUCGCUUACGCAAUCCAAGUUGGUUAAAGAAAGCAAGAACUCAUGCUGAUGAUGCCAUAACUCUUGAAAAUAGAGAGUUUCUUAGAGAAAUUGUUCAGGAUAAAAUUGCUGUAAGCAAUGCUGCUGCCAAGGAAAUUGUAACAGAUAAUGUUACUUGGGUUCCGAAUUUGCAGAGAUCUGGAGUUAUUGCUAGAAAAAUUGGUAUUUAUCCUUUGUGGUUGAAAAGCGGAAAGAAAGUUUCAACUACUUUACUUCAAGUUUUAGAUAAUCAUGUUGUAAAAUACUAUACGCCCGAAAGUUAUAAAUCUCCAUUAGAACUAAGGAACAAGGUAGAUAAUAGAAAGGGUUGUGUGUUAAUAGGGGCAGAAACCACAGAUCCAUCGACAUUUACCAAAGAAUAUUGUGGGCUGUUUAGUGACUCUGGAGUUUUACCAACGAAAUGGUUAGGCAGGUUUUUUGUCAGUCCAGAAGCAGCUUUACCUCUUGGAACAAUUAUAACAGCUCGACAUUUCCAAGUUGGCAACUAUGUAGAUGUUCGAGGAAAAACAAUGGAUCGGGGAUUUCAAGGAGUAAUGAAACGUCAUGGUUUUAAAGGGAUGCCAGCAUCACAUGGUGUAACAAAAACCCAUAGGCGUGGUGGUAAUAUAGGUGGAGGGGGCCAAAAAGGUAGAGUUUGGCCGGGAACUAAAAUGCCAGGCCAUAUGGGGAACAGAUUCCGAGUAGCCAGAGGCCUUAAAAUAUUGAGAAUUAAUAAUAAAUACAAUGUUAUAUGGGUGUUGGGUCAAGCUAUACCAGGAGAAACAAAUUCUAUAGUUUAUGUUUUUGACACCAAAUUGCAUCUUAGAAAACCUACAAAUCCGUUGCCAAUUCCCACGUUUUUUGAUGUUAAUGAUGACGAAAACCUGGAAGAAAAUGUUUACGAUGAGUCGGUUCACGUUUUUUCAGAUCCAACAAUUUUGUUUAAUGAGAAAGAAUAAGUCAAUGCAAUGAAUAAAUAGUUUUUAACAAAA